UGUUAUCAAACAUGGUUGCAUACAUACAUUUCCAGAGCUUAACCUAACUUAAUCUCUUCACACUUACGCGCAAUAUAUCUUGAUGGAAGAGGAUGGCCAAUAGAUUGAAAACCUUGUUUUCGCAGAAGAGGAGCUCCGUUAUCGGAAUGGUGCACGUCCUUCCACUUCCCGGAACUCCUUUAUAUGUUGGGAAUACCCAACAGAUUAUUGAUAAGGCUUGUUACGAAACUGAGAUCUACGUUAAAAAUAAUAUUGAUUCGAUUUUAGUGGAGAACAUGCACGAUGUUCCAUACGUUCAACCUAAGAACUUUCAGCCUGAAACUGUUGCAAUGAUGAGUCGGAUUUGCACCGAGAUUAAGAAAAUUGCUGUAAAUAUGCCUUUGGGUGUGCAGGUGUUAGCUGGAGGAAACAAAGAGGCUUUAGCUGUGGCUCAAGCCUCGGACUUUGAUUACAUUCGCGCUGAAGGAUUCGUUUUCAGUCAUGUAGCGGAUGAGGGAUUUACAGAUGCAAACGCUGGCACUUUGCUGCGUUUCAGGAAACAAAUCGGAGCCGAAUCCAUACAAAUAUUCACUGAUAUCAAGAAGAAACACAGUUCGCACGCAGUAACGAGCGACGUUUCUUUGGAGGAAACGGCUCGAGCUGCUGAAUUCUUCCUCAGCGAUGGUAUUAUCCUUACUGGCACGGCGACCGGAGCGGCUGCAAGCGUUGAGGAACUGAAGCGGCUAAAGCAGAACGUUAAACUACCGGUUAUAAUCGGUUCCGGUAUUACCAAAUCCAAUUACAAGUCCUACUUGGAUGCGGACGCCUUCAUCAUUGGUUCCCACUUCAAAAUCGGAGGAAUCUGGAACAAUGAUUUGUGCGAAAAGACGAUUAACGAAUUUAUGUCUUCGAUUAAACAAGAAUAACUGAAA